CCCAGUAACUCUGGGUCUGAGCUGAGAGAUGGACCAUCGAAAAGCCAAGGUCCUCCCAGCUAUGCACCACUGCCCUUCCCUAGGAAUGGGGGCCUCGGAGGCCAGCAGCGUGAGAUUAUCUGUGUCACCUUCCAUCAGCAGGAACUCAGCCAUGGUGAAUGAGGCCAGAGGAACUGGCGGCUUCAACCUCCGCUCAGAGGGCAGCAGCAGUGGCAGUGAGAACUCCAAAGAUAGUUCAAGAUGUUCCACACCAGGCCUGGACCUGGAGCGGCAUGAGAAACUCCGGGAGAAGAUGAGGCGGAGGAUGGAAUCUGGUGACAAGUGGUUCUCCUUGGAAUUCUUCCCUCCUCGAACUGCGCAGGGAGCUGUCAAUCUCAUCUCAAGAUUUGACCGGAUGGCGGCAGGGGGCCCCCUCUUCAUAGAUGUGACCUGGCACCCAGCAGGGGACCCUGGCUCAGACAAGGAGACCUCUUCCAUGAUGAUUGCCAGCACUGCCGUGAACUACUGUGGCCUGGAAACCAUCCUGCACAUGACCUGCUGCUGUCAGAGCCAGGAGGAGAUCACGGGCCAUCUGCACAAAGCCAAGCAGCUGGGCCUGAAGAACAUCCUGGCCCUGAGGGGAGACCCCACAGGUGACCAGUGGGAAGAGAAGGAAGGAGGCUUCAACUAUGCAGUGGACCUGGUGAAACACAUCCGCAAUGAGUUUGGUGACUACUUUGACAUCUGUGUGGCAGGUUACCCCAAAGGCCAUCCUGAAGCAGAGAGCUUUGAGGCUGACCUGAAGCACUUGAAGGCAAAGGUAUCUGCAGGGGCCGAUUUCAUCAUCACCCAGCUUUUCUUUGAGACGGACACGUUCCUCCACUUUGUGAAGGCUUGCACCGACAUGGGCAUCACCUGCCCCAUCCUCCCAGGGAUUUUUCCCAUUCAGGGCUAUCACUCCCUUCGGCAGCUUGUGAAGCUGUCCAAGCUGGAGGUGCCACAGAAGAUCAAGGACGUGAUUGAGCCAAUCAAAGACAACGAUGCCGCCAUCCGUAACUAUGGCAUCGAGCUGGCUGUGAGCCUGUGCCAAGAGCUUCUGGCCAGCGGCUUGGUGCCAGGCCUCCACUUCUACACCCUCAACCGAGAGAUGGCUACCACAGAGGUGCUGAAGCGCCUCGGCAUGUGGACUGAGGACCCCAGGCGUCCCUUGCCCUGGGCUGUCAGUGCCCACCCCAAGCGCCGGGAAGAAGACGUACGUCCCAUCUUCUGGGCCUCCAGGCCAAAGAGUUACAUCUACCGCACCCAGGAGUGGGACGAGUUCCCCAAUGGUCGCUGGGGCAAUUCUUCCUCUCCAGCCUUUGGGGAGCUGAAGGACUAUUACCUCUUCUACCUGAAAAGCAAGUCCCCCAAGGAAGAAUUGCUAAAGAUGUGGGGGGAGGAGCUGACCAGUGAAGAAAGUGUCUUUGAUGUCUUUGUCCACUACCUCUCGGGAGAGCCAAACCAGAAUGGCCAUAAAGUGACAUGCUUGCCCUGGAACGAUGAACCGUUGGCGGCCGAGACCAGCCUGAUGAAGGAGGAGCUGCUCCGAGUGAACCGGCAGGGCAUCCUCACCAUCAACUCCCAGCCCAACAUCAACGGGAGGCCGUCCUCCGACCCCGUUGUGGGCUGGGGUCCCAGUGGGGGCUACGUCUUUCAGAAGGCCUACUUAGAGUUCUUCACUUCCCGGGAGACGGCAGAAGCGCUUCUGCAAGUGCUGAAGAAGUAUGAGCUGCGGGUUAAUUACCACAUUGUGGAUGUGAAGGGUGAAAACAUCACCAAUGCCCCAGAGCUGCAGCCCAAUGCCGUCACGUGGGGCAUCUUCCCUGGGCGAGAGAUCAUCCAGCCCACAGUAGUGGAUCCUGUCAGCUUCAUGUUCUGGAAGGACGAGGCCUUCGCCUUGUGGAUUGAGCAGUGGGGCAAGCUAUACGACGAGGAGUCCCCAUCCCGCACGAUCAUCCAGCACAUCCACGACAACUACUUCCUGAUCAACCUGGUGGACAAUGAGUUCCCGCUGGACAGCUGUCUGUGGCAGGUGGUAGAAGACGCACUUGAGCUUCUCAGCAGGCCCAGUCAGAGUGAGAGGGCGGUGGAGGCUUCGUGACCCUGAGGCCUGAUGUCCCGAGGUGGGGGACGCUUGUGUCCCACCUUCUUCCUCCCAGUCCUGGGUCUCCCCAGAACCCUACUCUCCUCCAUCUCUGCCUUGCCCUGACCUCCACUGCCUGAUGUGAUGAUGGCAGCUACACUACUGUGAGGUCCCCAGGCUCUGGCUGGACCUCAGUUGGCCCCACACGGGAGCCAGGUGCUCCCUGCCCCAGCUGGAGUGUGUGCUGUUUGGGUUGUUCACCUCCCCCCUGCAGAGGACCAUAGUGGGGAGCAUGGCUCCCUCCCUGAGGAGAGGGGAGACCGGCUGUUGCCAACCGAGCCCUCGAACCAAGGCAACCUCUAGGAGCCAGCCUGGACUGUCCAAUGAACUUGCACUUGGGGUCCAUGGAAUACUGGAAAAGCACACGGGGGUAUGGGGGCAGUGGGCAUUGGUGUCCUUAUAGAAGAUAUACGGCAAAGUGAAGGUGCUGCACCCCCUCACCCCAGAUGUUGGCAGCCAGGCCCAACCUACUUGUGACUGACAGGGUAAACCACUGUUCUGUCUACCCACAUGGCCGUCCAUAGCACCAGGCCCCUGGAUGGGCCUCGGGCUGACACCUAAUCAUGCAGGUGUUUCUUACAUUCUCCCAGAGAGCUCAGCUGGGUUCUUCCCCUUUCUACAAUGCUGCUUUUUGGAA